AAAUUUCAAAAUUUACAAAAAAAGUUGAUAGAGAAAAUAAUGAAAAAAAUGCAUAUAAAAUGAAAUAAAAUAUUUAUUUCUUAUUAGGUAUAACACAUACAUUUACAAAUAUUAAGGCACACAUACACACGUAUGUAUACAUACACUUUUAUAAAAGUGCAGUCGUGCUUAAAAAAAACAACAUUCAUCCAAACCCAUUUUUUAACUGACAAGUCAAAGAAACGCAACAACAAAACAAAUCAAAACAAAGAGAAUUUUUGCACAAAAGAGAAAGAGACAAAUAAAAGAAGCACAGGCACACGGAACAACAAUAAAAAUACACAAAUACAAAUGUAACGCAUAAUAAAUAUGCAGAAGACUCAAGUUGGCAAAAGUAAAAGUCGCUUUUACGUUGUGUUGCUAAAGAAAAAAAGCCAACAACUUUACAACUGCAACAACAAUAGACAAGACUAGAAAAAACUAAUCACAACAGAAAGCAACAACAACAGCAACAAGGAUUGACAUCCUUGCACAAGUUCUUUUCAGUUAUUUUGCGUAUUUCUCGUACUCACUCACUCUCUUCUGUCUCUUUCAGAAACAUUAAAAAGGUAGAAAAUUAAAAAAAAAAAAAUAAAUAAAAUAAAAUAAAAACCUAAACGAUGUAUCUAUAGAAAAUAUUUAGCAAUACUUAAAUUUAACACAAACUCAUACCAAAGAAAAUACAAAACCCAGACAUUACAUUCAUACAACAACUGCAAAAUAUGUAUAAAUGAAGAAAAAAUAAUAAAAAGGUUUUGCGUAACUUAAAUUUUUAAUAAACACCACGACACAACCAAAUGUGCAGUCUGUCUGCCUGGCUGACGCACAGUCUUUAGGAUCGACGGUCAGAAAGACUAACAGUCAGAAAAACUAAAAAAGCCAACCAACAAAACCCAACUUACAACAUUCAAACAACACAAAACCAAAAAAGAGGGAAACGGAAACAAGCCAUAAUAAAAAAACGUUACACAUAAACAGAAGCAGCCACCGCAAUGUAAAUUAAUAAAAGACAAUCUUAUGAAACCUGUAUCUGUCCAGAAGUAAGAACUGAAAAUUAUAUUACCCUACGAAACCAAAAAAAAAAAACGGCAAAAGAAAUAACAAUAAAGAAACUACAACAGCAGCAAAAAGAAACUACUACAACGAAAACGUAUCGAAGAAUAUACGUAUAUACGAAAAAAAAACAUCAUUCAACAAAUUGUAUCGUAUAUAGAGCAAAAAUAAAUCCUUUUGAGGAUAUUCAAGCAUUAAAUUAGUCUUCAGUGGUAUAAAAAGUGGAAAAGAAAAUUCAGCGAAAGAAAAUAUAUACAUAAUAGAGAAAAAAUAGAAAAAAUCAAUUUAGCGGAAGUGUUAAACGGGAAGAACUGCAAAUAUCACAAGAAUCAGAGGCAGCAGAAACAUCAGCAGUCUGUCGUUUCCGUUUUGUACAAAUGUGAACGUUUAUAAAUGCGUGUGAAUGGCUGUGGUGUUAAUGUAUGUGUGUCAUUUUCCUUUAAAGUGUAUUUAGUGUAAAACAAAAACACACUUUUCUCUCAAGAAACAUGUCGAAUUUACUUUUUAUGGAUGAAUCGAAUGGCAAUGGUGGUUAUGUAACUUCUACUACUACAACAACAGCAGCAGGCGCCGUCGCAAGCGUUAGCAGAACAAUAAAUAAUACAAAUAUUAAAAAUAACAAUAACAUUUCCAACAACAUUAAUAUUAACAUCAACAACAACAAUAAUAAUCACAACAAUAACAACAAUUGUAAUACAAAUAAUAUCAACAAUAUAAUGGCAGCAGCAUCAAAUGCUGCCACAGCAGCUGCAUCUGCUGCCGCAUCUUGUGUGGGUGGUGUACAACUACCGAAUUCCGUAUCUAAUGAAGAUCUCAGUCAAAGUCUAUCGGAGUACACAGAUGCCGACGAAAGCAUAUCAGCACCAACCGAAUUUUUAGCGGAGUUUCUAUCUGCUGUCAUGCUCAAGGAUUACAAGAAGGCUUUAAAAUACUGCAAACUGAUUUUACAAUAUGAACCAGAUAAUUCCACAGCAAAAGAGUUUUAUCCCCUGAUAUUGGAUAAAUUACGGGGUACCAAUACAUCCAGUGACAGCGAUGAAAACUAUAAUAAAUCGUCAUCAUCACCUGAAUUAAUAUUGGAGGCACCAUCAUCAGAUCCCUCGGCUGGGGAGAGUGACGAACAUGAUGAACAAUAUUUGAGACAUAUUAGAGAGGGAGCGUAUAAUAGUGGAGGCGGUGGUGGUGCGAAAGGAGCCGCUGUUAUGGGUACAGAAAAUAAUGAUCCAAAUUCAAAUGUUAGCACCAGUAGUAGUGCAGAAGUUGAAGAAGAGGAUGAAGUGGAGGGAGAUGAAGAGGAAGGUUGUGGUUCUAUGGACGCCAGUUUAAGUGACGAAGAUGUAGAAGAUGACGAUGAAGAUGAUGAUGACUGUGAAGAUGACGACGAAGAGGAUGAUGAUGAUGAUGACGACGAGGACGUGGAUGAUGAAGAUGAUAUUAUGAGCAGUAGUGGUGAUGAUUUACCCGUUGAUGAACAACAAAUACUUGUAGGUGAUGUUUUAGAUUUGGAUGCUUCAUCGGCAAAUGCUUGUGGUGUCGAGGCGGCAAUUAAUAUUUCAAACUCAUCUCGCAACUCAUCAAGCGGUGGCAAAGGCAGCAGUCGCAGUGACAACACCACACAUUCAUAUUCAAGUCUUUUGCUGGAGGAAGAAGAUGACAUUGUGCCUGCAAAUCUACAUUUUCCCAAAGAUUUACAUACCACAGAUUUGGAUGUUAGUAAUGGCAAUAAAGUACCCUCAGCCUCGUGUAGUGAUUCUGAAUCGCCCACAGAACCUUUGACUCAAAGAUUAGCUGCCAUAUUGCGUUCGAAAUGUGGGGUAUCGAAUACGGGUGGUUAGAAAUAAAAACGAAGAAAAUAAAAACAACAAAACCAAAACUUGUAGAAAGAAGGUCUUUAGUAUGCGGUAAAUAUGUAUAUGUAUAUUUUAUAUUGAUAAAAAUGAAAUUUAUUUAACAUUAACACAUUUAUAUCUACAUAUUUUUUGUGAAAUUAUAACACCAUUUUUAUAAUAACUUUCUUUUAAAAUAUAGCAAAGAGACGUGAAUGUAAAUCAUAUUUUAUAUAAAUUAAACAUAAUAAAAACACUGAUUACAGGUUCAUAAAUCAUUCUUAUCUCUUAUUAAACGCAAUUUUAAAAUAAAAUUUUGUCGAUCUUUUGAUAUAUUACAUAUCGAAAAUUUGCAUAUAUAUGUAUAUCUCGGCAUCACGUCUCCCAAAAUUUAAAAAAGGAAAUGUUUAUAAAUGAGUAUUAAGAAACCCAAGUAUACAAAACACCCUAAUUUCCAGAAGAGUUUUAGGUCGAGCUCAUAGACAAGUCUAUAAGCAAGUUCGCAGAAUAGUAUACAUAUAUGCGAAUCUAUAGACCAGCUUAUAGAUAAUUUCAUUGGCAAGUCUAAUGACGAGUUAACAGACAUAUUCAUAGAAGAGUUCACAGAUGAGUAUAUAGAGUUCAUAGACAAGUCUAUAAGCGAGUUCGCAGAAUAGUAUAUAUAUGUAUAUAUGAGAAUCUAUGGACCAGCAUAUAGAUAAUUUCAUAGGCAAGUCUAAUGACGAGUUAACAUACAAAUUCGUAGAUUAGUUUAGAGACGAUUUGAUAGAUAAGUCUUUAGACGAGUUCAUAGAUGAAUGUAUUGAUGUGUUCAUAAAUGAUUCUAAGUCAAGUUCGGAGAUGAGUAUAUGAACGAAUCUAUAGACCAGUUUAUAUAGUUAAUAUAGAAAUUCAUAGAAGAGCUCAUGGAAGAGUUAUUAGGAAUCUCGAUUUCGUAGAUAAGUCUUUAGAUGAAUUUAUAGAUGAGUCGUAGACGAGUUCCUAUACAAAUCUAAUGACGGGUUAACAGACAAAUUCAUAGACGAGUUUAUAGAUAAGUAUAUACAAACGCGUUUAUAUAUGAGUUUAUGGACUAGUGUAGAAAUCAGCUUAUAGAUGAAUUCACAGACAAGUCUAAAGAGUUAAUAGAUAAACUUAUAAGGGUGUUUAUAGAUGAGUUCAUAGAAUUCAUACCGAGUCUAUAGACGAGUUGUUAGAUGAUUAUAUAAACUAGUUCAUAGAUGACUCUACCGACCAGUAAAUAGAUGAGUCUACAGACGAGUUUUUAAAUGAGACUAUAAACGAGUUCAUAGAUGAGUCUAUAAAAGAGUUCAUAAAUGAGUUCAAAGAUUAGUCUAAAGACGAAUUUACAGACCAGUUCAUAGCGGAGUUCACAGAAAAAUUCAAGUUUAUAGAUAAGUCUAUAGACGAAUUCAUGGACAAGUCUAUAACAAUGUUUAUACUCAUGUCUAGAAACGAGUUCAUAGACAUGUCUAAAGAUUAUAGAGAGAGUCAAUAUAUACGAGACUCUAUACUUAUAAAUAAAUACAUUUAAUAUAGGUUUAUUUAAAGACAAUUUUAUAUACUAUUUUAUAGAGCAUAUACAAAAGUUUUUAAUGAUCCUAUAGACGAGUUAUUAGGCGGGUCUAUAGAGACAAUUUUAUAGAAAAAAUCGACGAGAUGGUAGACGAGUUUAUAUACAACACUAGGAGAGACUAUAUACGAACCUACAUUUAAAAAUUAUAUACAUAUGUAUUUAUAAACAUUUCUUUUAACGAACAACAAAACGCUGUUUUUUUUCAGUUUAGUCAACUAAUCUCGCUAACUCUUAAUUAUACUACGUAUUUUAGUGAAAAAAAAAAAACAUUUAUAAAUUUGUCUUUUUAAUCUGCUUAUUUUUGGAAAUAUUUUUGCUAACAAUUCAAAAUUAUACUAACUAUAUUUAUUCUAUUUAUUAGAACUCAGUAGAGAUGCUUAUUAAUCCCAAUAUACAUUACAACAUACAGACAUAGUACAUAGUACAUAUAUUUAUAAUAAAUAAUACUAUAUUUACACUUUAAAAUAAUACAGAAGAAAAAAUCUGCAAGAAAUAUUAGUAAACAAAGACUUUAUAAAUAUUUUGCGAAAUAGUAUUUUUAAGCACAAAUAAUUUAAUUUAUAGGAUAACUUUUUUAUUUCUCAGAAUCAUUUUAUUUCUAACAGUCAUUAUUAUUAAAACUAUUAGAAAAACAUAUCGUACAAAAAUUUAUUAAAAAAAAAAAAUAUCUAACUCAAAAUUGAAUGUGUAUUUUUAUGUUUCGAAAAAAAAAAUUCGACAUUCUUUAGCAAAAAUAUGCUGAAAUAUUUUGGCGAAAAUAAUGAAAAUUUUAAUGUAAAAAUAUUUACCCCAAUAUAAAUUAUUUAUUUUAUAAUUUUUGUUCAAAAAUUGUAGAACAUAUUUUAUUAAAAUUUAUUUUAAAAUCUAAGCAAUGUAUUCUAAAAGCCAGUUAUUAAAAUUUAUUUAAAUAUAUUAGCUGUGAAUUAACAAGAACUAGUCAAAACAAUUGAUUCUUUGCAGAUAAUAAAAUAUAAAAUAAUAAAAAAUAUAUAUAUUUUCUUAGAUAAGUUAAAAACUAAAUCUAAAAAAGAAUUCGAGACUUCAAACUUCACUGCGACUUUAGCGACUAUUUUUUGAAAAAAGUUGCUAUUAUAAAGAUUGAUUGGUUAACGUGGUAGUUCACUGCGCGCGAACAGUCAAGUAGAGUCGAAGAGACUCCAUUUUGACCGGACCACUCUACUCGUCAGAUGUAGUAUUGCAUAGUAUUAGAUGCAUCCUGUAGCAGUCAGAAAUCUCAUAAAAUCAUUAAUCUUGGAACCAGAUAUUUCACCAAGGUUAGAUAUAAAGUAACUGUCAAGAAAACGGGAUCUUUAAACGGAUAAGUCAGGGCAUUCGUAGUGAAGAUGGAAGACCGUUUCUUCCUUUUCCCUGUCUUUACAACUGUGUCAGUGUUCAUUGAAGUGUAGCCCAAGCCGACUUGUAUUACUAUUAUCAAUCUCGAUAUAUCCCGUCUACUUCGGUUUAUAAGGAGUUUUGUGCGUUUCUCAUUGAAGGAGGUCCCUUGGUCCCUUUACAUGUGUCUAAGUAAUUCCACCUUUUUCCAUCCUUUUGAAAAUAGAAUCAAGGAUACUACUCUUGAUAAAACCUAAAGGGGUUGCUACUGGAACGGCGUAGGUGAUAUCAAGAUCAGAUCUCGUUCUGAAAAUCUCAUCUGCCUGUUCAUUUCCAUAAUAGGGGCGCAGGGACCCAAACAUGGGUACUGUCAGACAGGCGACACAACCUUGACAGAUCUUUUUUGCAUUGUCUAACUAAUAGGGAAGUAGUAGUAUAAAAAUUUAAUGAGAGAAGUGCCACUUGACUAUCGAUAAAAAUUCCUAUGCUGCCUCGAAUAUUGAGGUCAUGUAGUACCCUACAAGCUGACAUUAUAGCGAAUAUUGUUGGGAAGACAGUGAGAUAUACUUAUCCCAGCUUCUUCACAGAAGUCACCAGAACCAAUACCACAGUUCAUUUUAAAACCAUCUGUAAAGAUUCUGGUGGUAUAUUCGCUCGGUAGGUUACCCCUACACCACACUAGCUCCUUUGAAAACUCUUGAUUUCCAACUUCUGGAUGGGUUAAGCCUCGCUGCGCUGCAAGCAGAUAUGGCCAUAAUAUGCAGAUCUUUAUGUAGGAUAUGCAAUAUAGUGUUCAGAGCUUCUGAAGGACUAGUUCUUAGAGCACCUGUUAUCCCAAUGUAUGCUGAUCUCUGAACUUUGCAUAGCUGAUCUUCAUCAAAUUUCUUCUUUGUUGAAGUCCACCAUACAAGAGAUCCAUAAAUAAGAAUAGGACGAAUAGGACUAUUCUUAUAAAUAUCUAAUUCCUAGAUAUUUGGCAAGUUGAAGCUUGGAAUCUUGGUCUUUGUUGUGAAUAGUACCAGUUUCCUCUUGUUUGGGUUUACUCCUAGGCAGCUGUCUGUGCCCCAAUUAUCGAGUAGCACCAAAGCAUUAGACAUGAUAUCACUAAUCACGUCUGGGAACAUUUCUGAUGCUAAUAACACAACAUCGUUCGCGUAAACAACGACUUUUAUCUCUCUGUUGUCCAGCGCGCACUGUACUUGAAACUAUAACAUGGUUAAUUGAAACCAUAAUAUGAUUACUUGAAUCAUAAUAUGGUUACUGGAAGCCAUAAUAUGCUUACUUGACAAUAUGAAACCAUAAUAUGGUUACUUGAAACUUUAAAAUGAUUACUUGAAACCACAAUAUGAUUAUUUUAGAAAUAUAUCCCUAAUACGAUAUAAUAAGUGCUUUUUUCCCUCAGAUUUUUAGAAUACAAAUCUCCUUAGUAAAAUUAUUAUUUGGAAACUUCAAAAACUAAAAUUAUUAUCUAUAAAAAUGACUAAAACCUUAAAUUACUUUUGUUUAACAAAAUAUGUAAUCUUCUAAAUAUAUAUAUAUAAAUAUAUCCAUGUAAGUAAAUGUAUAAAAUACCCAAUUAAAAUGGUCCAAAACUGUAAUACAUCAUAAAACAAAAACCUUAAAGAAUAUUAAUUUAAUUAAUAAAAAAAUAAACAUUCAAAGGAAGGAAAGUGUAAAAAACGACUUGAUAAAAAAAAUUCUUGUUCAAACAGAAUCUAAUCAAAUAAUUUAUAUUUAUAUAUCCAAAACAACUAAAUGACUAUGUAAUUAUUAUUAUAUAUACAUACAUAUAAAAUACAUAUUUAUUGAAAAUAAAUUAUACUUAUAUAAAAAAAAAACAACAACAAAAACAAUUAAAAACCAAACAUUAAAAAUGAAGAAAGUUUUUAUAGAAAUCAUAACUAGAAAGACUUGAUGUUAGUUAAUAAGUUUAAUUUAAAAAAUUAAAUAAGAAUUAAAGUAUAGAAAA